AUGGGCGGCGUCACCUACCGCGCGAACAACGCGAGCCAGGGCCACCUCAGCGACGCCGGCGCGCUCCCGCGCACGAGCAGCGUCACCACCUUCCGCGCGCCGUUCCUCAGCCCGAGCAGCCGGCCCACGAGCAGCCUCUGGACGCCGCCCGCGUACAUGUACGCCGCGAGCCAGGGCGCGGAGGGCGCGGGCAGCGCCGUGUCCCUCCCCAGCCUGCCGAUGAAAGCCAAGCCCGUCAUGCCCAGCUCCCGCUUGGAGAGGAAGCUCACGAAGGAGGAGAAGCCGUGGAUUGGGCGGAAGGACGGGUGGGCGCGCGCGAGCUGGUGGCUGACGGUGCUCUGGAUGCUCGUGGGCCUCGGGUGUGCGGGGAUUAUUUGCUGGCGCGGGUAUGCGGGCGUCCAGGUCCUCCAGGAUAGCCAGCUGUGUCUGGUGCUCGAGGAUGACUUUGAUAGCCUGGAUACGAGCAAUACGUGGAAUUACGAUAUCGAGCUCGGUGGGUUUGGGAAUGGCGAGUUUGAGAUGACGACGGACGAUUCGAAGAACAUCUACACCCAGGACGGCGAGCUCUACAUCAUGCCCACCCUCUCCACCGACGACGGCAUCGACAUCUGGAACGGCGGCUCCUACCAGCUCUCCGACUGCACGUCCGACAACUCCUCCGCGUGCACGGCCAACGGCGACUCGUCCAGCUACCAGGUGAUCAACCCCGUGCGCUCCGCGCGCAUCAACACCAAGGGCAAGUACUCCAUCCAGUACGGCAAGGUCGAGGUGCGCGCGAAGCUCCCGCGCGGCGACUGGCUGUGGCCCGCGAUCUGGAUGCUCCCCGAGGACGACACGUACGGGCCGUGGCCGCUCUCCGGCGAGAUCGACAUCAUGGAAGCAAGGGGCAACGGGCUCGAGUACGGCGCGCAGGGCGUGAACUUUGCGCGCGCGAGCCUGAACUACGGCCCGCUGGAGACGCUGCAGCGGAAGAUCUACGGGUGGCAGAGCAACAAGCGCGCGGGGUUCGACGAGGACUUCCACACGUACGCGAUGGAGUGGGAUGAAGGCUUCAUGCGGUUCUACAUGGACAACCGCCUGCACACGAUGCUGAACCUGAAGACGGACAGCGGGAAGAACAGUUUCUGGACGAGGGGGAACUUCCCCGCGACGGCGAUGAACAACUCGGCGACGCCGGUGGUCGUGCCCAACCCGUGGCAGAACUCGGGGCCCAACGCGCCGUUUGACCAGCAGUUUUACCUGAUCAUCGACCUCGCGGCGGGCGGGACGAGCGGGUGGUUCCCGGAUAACGUGGGCGACAAGCCGUGGUACGACGGGUCGGCGACUGCGAUGUAUAACUUUGCCCAGGCGCAGGAUACGUGGAGCGCGACGUGGCCGAGCAGCGCUGAUGACCGCGCGUUCAGGAUUGACUAUGUCAAGAUGUGGAAGAAGUGCUGA